CAUCUCUUUAGCCAUGGGGGAGAUGGAGCAAUUGCGUCAGGAAGCUGAACAGCUCAAGAAACACAUUGCGGAUGCCCGGAAAGCCUGUGCCGAUACCACCUUGGCAGAGCUGACUUCUGGCCUAGAGGUUGUUGGGAGGAUUCAGAUGCGGACACGGCGGACCCUCCGUGGACACUUGGCUAAGAUCUAUGCCAUGCACUGGUCGACUGACUCCAAGCUGCUAGUGAGUGCUUCACAGGACGGGAAGCUGAUCGUGUGGGACACCUACACCACCAACAAGGUCCAUGCCAUUCCUCUGCGUUCAUCUUGGGUCAUGACCUGUGCCUAUGCGCCGUCGGGGAAUUUUGUGGCCUGUGGAGGCCUGGACAACAUGUGCUCCAUCUAUAGCCUCAAAUCUCGAGAGGGCAAUGUCAAAGUGAGCCGGGAGCUCUCUGCCCACACAGGUUACCUGUCCUGCUGUCGAUUCCUAGAUGACAACAACAUUGUGACCAGCUCUGGGGACACCACAUGCGCCCUCUGGGACAUUGAGACUGGUCAGCAGAAAAUGGUAUUUUUGGGCCACACAGGAGAUUGCAUGAGCCUGGCUGUUUCUCCCGACUUCAAACUCUUUAUUUCUGGGGCCUGCGAUGCCAGCGCCAAAUUGUGGGAUGUUCGAGAGGGGACUUGCCGCCAAACUUUCACGGGUCACGAGUCUGACAUCAAUGCUAUCUGCUUCUUCCCCAAUGGUGAAGCGAUUUGUACUGGCUCAGAUGAUGCCACCUGCCGUCUCUUUGACCUCCGGGCUGACCAGGAGCUCAUCACUUAUUCCCACGAAAGCAUCAUCUGUGGGAUCACGUCGGUUGGCUUCUCCCGAAGUGGCCGCCUCUUGUUGGCUGGCUAUGAUGACUUUAACUGUAACAUCUGGGAUUCCAUGAAGGGUGAACGUGUUG